AUGAUGUCUCCAGACGACCAAGCCCUGGAGGACCUUUUGUAUGGCAGCGACCUCGGUGACACGCCGGAGGUGGUACAGCUGGCCGGUGGCCCAACAGCAGUGGAGGAGAACACUGCUUCAGAAAAUGUUUCAACAAGUGUGUCCAUUCCAGAGCCAAUCAUAUGUGCCGGAUGUGGCGAGCAGGUAUGUGAUCGCUUCUUCCUAUUGGCUGCAGGGAGGGUAUGGCACAGCAUCUGCCUCCGCUGCAGCCAGUGCCACUGCGAGCUACAGACUCACCCUUCCCUCUUCUGGAGAGAUGGAAACAUUUACUGCCAGCAGGACUACAGCAGAACUUUUGGAGGCGGCCAAUGUGCUCGCUGCCUCCAGCCAAUCCCACCCACUGAUUUGGUCAUGAGGUCUGGUGAGCUGACCUUUCAUCCCCACUGUUUUUCCUGCCAGGAAUGUGAUGUAAAAUUAAUGCCAGGGAACCUCUACUGCAUGCAGGGCCCAAACCUGUAUUGUGAGUCACAUUAUAAUGGUGAUGGAGGCAAUCUGCCACUGCAAGACCCCUCACAAUCACAUCUAAAAGAAGAGACGGGUCAAAACCAGGUGUCCGGUGAAGGGGAGGAGUCUGUCAGCAGUCCAGAACCACGAGUGGACGACAAAGAGGUGGGUGGGCGGACGCGCAGACGGACCAAGCGAAUCAGGACAUGUUUCCGCAGCGAGCAGCUCAGAGCACUUGAGUCAUACUUUGCCCAGAAGCACAACCCUGACGGCAAAGACUGGACUUGCCUUGCUCAUAAGACUGGUCUGCCUAAGAGAGUCCUGCAGGUGUGGUUUCAGAACGCUCGGGCCAAGCUGAGACGUUCCCUCAACUCUGAAGACUCCCAGGCCAACUCCCCUUCCGCUCCCCCUGGAGCUGUUGCCCUGGCAACCACCCCCUCAUCACUUUCUUGCUCUUCGCUAGACCAAUCGCAGCCUUUCCCUGCCAGCACCAUCGACCAGCUGCAGCUGUCCUUGCUCACUGGUUCAGCAGUUGAAUCCUCUGUAAGCCCAAUCCUCAAUCAGUCAUGCCAGAUGUUGCAAAGCCCCAACAUUUUUCUGGACUACGAUCCCCAGAAUGCAUUUGGUUGCAUCCCUUCUCUCGAGCCCCUUCAGGAGUUUGAGGUGGUAGAGAGAGAAAUUGAUGCUGAGACUUUUGGACCAAAUUACAGUUAA